AUGUGGUAUUUUGGAGGUGUGGUGCUCUCGGCAAUUCUCGCUGGAGCCAUCUACGUCUGCGUUUUCCUCUCUAUCGUCUACGAAAACGUCGGCCGGUUCCAUAUUCACAAAAAUCAGACACAUCCUGCGGAAAGCCGGCGCACCAGGCUGCUUCGACUGCAGUUUGCGACCGUGUUUUUCUUGCAGACACUCGGCCUCUUCCUCUUCAUCGUCGGCCCGUUCGGGUUCAUCUUCCUGGUGACGAUGAUGUUCCAAUUUUUGGCACGCAGUUUCAGCGGAUGGUUGGAGCUGUUUUGGGCAUUAGGAGGCGUGGCUCCACUCUACGUCAGCGCGCAUUCGAUUAUGAACAAUCUGAUCAUCAUCCUCGUCACCAAGAGCUAUCGGGAGCACAUUUUUCGACUAUUUCGACGCUACACUCCGAAGAUAAUCUUGGUCGAGGUGUCACAAACUGGA